AUGCUGGAUACAUUUGAUGGAAUUGCAAGUGCCAUUGGUCAAGUCAAGCUCAUUGCUUAUGAUCCGGAGAAACCUCAUCUUGAUGAGUAUGUGAGAGCAGUAGUGGUGUUGAAUCUGGAGACGUCGGUUCGGGACACUAAAUCCUCAAUCUGCCCAACGGAGGAGGCACAAUGA